UUGUUUUUUCUUUUUGCAUGGUUUGUAUUGUUUGUCAAUCUAGUUUGUAUUGUUUGUACAGUUCAUACGUUUGUAAUGUUUGUAAAUCUGUUUGUAUGUUUUGUCGCUCUAGUUUGUACUGUUCGUAUGUUUGUAUGGUUUUUACUGAUUGUAAAUCCGGUUUGUAUACUUCGUAAUAUUCCAUAAUACCCAAACUAUCCCUAUCAUUAAUUAAAUAGCCCUUCCCACUUUUUAACCAUUGGAUUGAAGUGUCCAGAUCUAAUGGCUAGGAGGGGCUUAGUCAAGUGACUAAGGACCCCCUAGUCAUGGGAUCCGCUCUCGUAUAUUUGGGGCUUGAAAUUAAGCCCCUCCACAAAAAAAAAAAAAAUCACCACUUAACAUGUUAAACUCAUAUAUUUUGUGUACAUUUUUAAAAUUUGAGUUGAAAACGAUGGUAGUAUAGAGUGAUAUCAUAAUGGUAAUAACUAGCGACUAAUGAGUAGUAACGUGUGAUACAAAAUCAAAAAAUAUCUUAAUAUCAACCUCUAAAUCAAUUUCAAUCGAACAAAAAAAAUCUAAUUGCACUCAAAAUUAAAAAAAAAAAACAAAUGUCAAAAUCUAGACCCUUAUAUUCCGUUCAAGUAGGGGUGGGCAAUGGGCGGGUUGGGUGGGUUUUGGUCUCAAAUUGACCCAAUCUUUUACUAGCGAGUUGGAAUAAUUGCGACCCGCAAUCCACCCACAUACUUUUUGUGGGUUGGGUGGGUGGCAGAUGGGUGCGGUUGGGUCGCGGGUCAACCCGCAAAAGCAAUUCUCCAGUUAGCUAUUAAGAAAGUUGACUAACAUUUAUAAUAAGUUCAAAGCAAAUUAGUAAGAUUGUAUCAAUAAUUUGUGAUUUUGAUACAAUUAAUAAUUUAUACUUUGCAUCCCAAUAUUUAAUGGAUAUUAACAAUAAUUUGCAUACCAAAAUCCAAUAUUUAAUGAAUAUUGCACAACACAAUAACCAAUAAUAGUAGUCAAAACUAUUCGUUAUUCUCUACCUUUUGAAGUAUAUGGUCAGACUGUUGUGCAGUUCAAAAAUAUGAUGAAUAUUAGAUACUAUAAGAAACUAUAUUUUACAUGUAAAAAUAGGAUGCAGGUCAUACGGGUGCCCCGCAAUCCACCCACCACCCACCCACAUAACUGCGGGUGAGAGAAUUAUCAAUUCGCAAUCCAUCCAACAUCAAUCACCCACUACAUACGGGUCAGAUUAUUUGCGGGUGUAUUGAUAUCAAUCCGCGAAUUAACCACCCACUUGCCCACCCUAAGUCCAAGGUGUUAUCUGAAUCCUGAGCCCUCAAUCGGGCGCUCGGAAGGAUGUCCAAGCCCGCCACCAUAAGGCUUUCAAAUCUGUAGGCCCAUGCAACUUUCAAAGGAGUCGUAUAAACCAAUAAAAUAAGGAAGCGUCGACCCUCCUACCGCAGCCGACCAUGAUUAUAGGCCCAUUUGGAAAAUAGAAACAUCAAAGCCCAGUAUUUGUUCGGUACCCAUACCGACCCGACCCGCCAAACUGCUCGAUCCAACUCGAUCCUUUACAAAACUGAAAACUCUUUUCAUCUGUUCUUGAUUCUUGAAAUAACUCGUUCUCUGAAGUCUGAACUCGGAAGAAAAUCCCUGGAAACGCUUCUUUACUUCAUUGGAGGUCAUCACAGUUCAGUUCUUUUCCGCUUCCUUCAGGCAAGUUUGAGGUACUAGAAGUUUGAUUUUUCCAGAGUUCUUAAUUUUACUGAGUAAUUGUCGCGUACCUUGUUUCUUUUCUACUGAAGAACUGAGUGAUUUCAUCCUCCUGCGCGAUCAUUGCGUCCGCCGUCGACAUUGCUUUAGGGCGCUUUGAUGAGGACUGAAGUUCAGUCGGCUGGUUACGUCAAUUAAUGGGAAUGGCUGCUUUUUUGUUUUUUUGAUAGAACCCUGCAUUCUCCAUUAACUAGAAAAGUUAUAUAUUCAAAGAAGCAACAUCAACCAAGCUGCACCCACGAAGGGCGUGCUCAGGAGUCUCCAACAAAGGGGCAACCAGGUCCAGCCUUUUUGGAUUUACAUACCAGCCGACUUCCAACAGGUAAAGCAUUUCUGGCUAAUUCUCCAUAGAAAGUGCUUAAUUCUCGGUUGGAUCUUGAAGCUCCACAGCUUUGACCAGGACCGAGUCAUGCUUGGCGAUGUGUUUUUUUUUUCUGACCAUUUGUCUUGAAUUGAUCUAGUACCCUGUAGAGUUUAUAACCUGAUUUAACUGUGUACUCCCCCUCUUGGGGUCAAUGUCCUGAUCCUUUCAUCUUGUUUGAGAGGAUUCUGCAAUGGUGUUUUAGAAAUAUAAGUUUGGUCUUCUUCUGAGAAGAGAGAGCGAAUCGGAUCCUGAUUCCAUGUGCAAUCUUCCCUGUUAAUUAAGUCCGAAACACUUAGACUAGGUUCACCCCCGAUUGGAACUUGAACAGGGCAGAAACCUUCCCUGUUGGGGAUCCAUUUGUCUUUUGAGACCCAUCACCCACCCUCCAUCUUAAACCUUCCUGUAACAAAUCUUUGGCUCCCAUUAAGCUUCUCCACACAAAAGAUUGCAAUGUAGCCUACUUUGGCUUGCAAGAUAACGGUUUGUGGGAAGUAAUGGGCUUUAAGGAUUUUUGCCACCAAGGAACCAGGUCUGGACAUGAUACUCCAGAUCUUUUUGCAAGCAUAGCUUUGUUGAAAGCCUUUUAAGUCCUUCAAACCUAAUCCUCCUUCCUUCUUAUCGUCACACAUUCUGUCCCAACUGACCCAAUGGAUACGAUUUUCCUCCCUUUCUGUCCCCACCAGAAACUUGUUAUAAGACUCUGUCUGGAUCUCAUCCAGAAUACCCUCCGGUAUUAGAAAUACCAUCAUAGGAUAGAGAAUUUUUGCCGGAGCCACUGCGUUAAUAAGAACUUCUUUUCCUGCAUGUGAUAAGGUCCUUGCCUUCCAAUCCUUCAGUUUACUUCUGACCCUUUCCUUAAAACCAGCAAAAAUAAUCUUCUUAGAUCUACCAACCAUCGUAGGAAAACCAAGAUACUUGUAAUGUUUGUCCACCUCUUUUAUCCCAAGGACAUCACAGAUCUCCUUCCUUCGAUGUUCCUGCACUUUCUUACUGAAGGUUAGCUCUGAUUUUGUUAACUUAUUCUGCUGCCCGGAUUCUUCCUCAUAGACUUUCAAUAUUUCCUUAAGUUUCACUCUCUCUUCCCUUGAUGAUCGGGCAAAAACAAUGCUAUCAUCCGCAAAGAGCAGGUGUGAUACUUGCGGUGCUCUCUUGCUAAUCUUGAUCCCGUGUUUUCCAUGUUUACUUCGGAUGACUUCAGUAGAGCAGAGAAACCCGCUGUGCACAGUAGAAACAAAUAGGGUGACAAAGGGUCUCCCUGCCGGAGUCCCCUAGAUGGAGCGAAUUCGCAAGUUCUAUGUCCAUUCACCAUUACAGAAUAAGAUACAGUAGCUAUACACAUCAUGAUCAGCUUUAUCCACCUCUCUUCAAACCCCAUCUUUCGCAUCACUUUCUCAAGGAAACCCCAUUCCACCUUGUCAUAAGCUUUGGCCAUAUCUAGCGUAGCUGAAAAAAACCCUCCUUUUACAUUGCCACAUCUUCUCAUAUAAUUAUAACAUUCAAACGCCAUUAUGAUGUUAUCCGUUAUCAUCCGCCCCAGCACGAAUGCACUAUGUUUCUGAAAUAAUCUUUGGCAGCUUUUCUUGAUUGGCUUUAAUUGCGGGGAAACAUGUCUGGUUCUUCCCGGAGGAAAUUAUCAGUGGUUCCUGCUUGCAUUGCUAUACUUUCUUCUGGUGGUUGCAACUUAAGAGAGUUCUGGAGUUAUUGUUUAUGAACACACUUACACUGGUUUUCUGUGGUGGGAAACUAUUAUCUGCAACUUGAGUAGUCACUACACUUGGAAUUCAGCCUACUUAUGGGGUUUUCAAUAGUAGAUUGCAAGUGAACAUCAUCUGUGUUGAGAAUCAACGUGUUGAAUAGCGCAUGCCUUUGUGGCUGCAUUAGGCAGGUUGGGGAUGUCGAAAGAUUGUGCAAUCGACGAAGGGGGAAUUGAUGUUUUGAUUGACGAUUGGAUUGCGAAAUGGUGUAUGGAAUCACUACUCUAUUAUAUACACUGCCUUGCUCUUUUGCAGCUUCCAUGAAUCUGUUCACUUAAACAGCAUUCAGUUAGUCGAGCUUACUCCAUGCCAUCUAAAGUCUUGAGUGUUUAUGCUACUGCUAUGGUUAUGAAUCUGAUGCAUUUCAUUUAGAAUUGCCGAAUGUAUCCGAUUGCUUACCUGAAAAAUGGGCUUUUAAAGUUAAAUUUGCUGUGGAACCAGAAAUUUGUCUCUCGAGUAUGCUGGGAUCCCUGAACUGCAGUGAACUCGGCUUUUAGGAGCACUCGCACUUGAUAACUAGGAACUUUCUGUUCACCUAUGUAAAGGCAUCCUGAAACGUCUAAAUGUGGCCUUGGGGUUGAAGUAGCUUUUUGAGGUUUUACUGUUAGGAUCUCCAGAAGUCUCGUGUGCUUCUUUGACUAUAUGAUAUAACUGACCCAAAGCAUCCUGCAAAUGUGACAGGUUGUGAUCAAGAAAAUGGAGUCAACAAAUCCUGAAGCAGAAAAGUACAGAGAAUUUAUGGAAAAGGUGGAGCGGACUGUUUACAUCGAUACACUCCCACCACAAGCUAAUGAAUCAGUGCUGAAAACUGGGUUAGAUCAGUUUGGCGAUGUCAAGAAUAUAAGCUUCAUCCCGAACUACAUGGAUCCCAGGAACAGCAUGCGUUGUGCAUUGGUUGAGAUGAAGGACCCUAAUCAGGCAAAAAAUGUCAUCAAAACACUGACUGACUCCCCGUUCAUGAUUGCUGGCAUGCCAAGGCCAGUGAGGGUGCUUCCUGCUGAGCUGGAGAUGUUUGAUGACCGUCCAAGAAAGCCCGGCAGGAAAAUAACAUUCAAGUGGUUGGAAGCAGACCACCCAGACUUGAAGGUCGCGAAAGACAUGAAGCGUGCUGUCGUAAGGCAUGCUACUGAAGCUGCAUUGGCCCAUAAGCAACAUCUGGAGGAAGAAGAGAAGCUGCAUAAACAGCAAGUGGAGAUCCUGAAAGCUAAUUACAAGAAGUAUGAGGUGGUGGAUGGUGUGAUAAGCGAUGGGACAGCUCAGCGUGUGGCGAAGAGAUACGGUAUGAGAGUUGCAGAUGAUUAAUCAGGUCCUCUAAAGUGAUGUAUGCAUACAGUAGUAGUUCCAGUUGAACUUACAGCAGCUUGAGUUAGAAGUUAAAAAGCUUGAUCUUAGGUUAUAAUUUGUAUGAACAGCAGCAGCGGUUUAGGUAAUGAGUAAUGACUGAUCUUGUUCCAGUUAUGCAUACAACAGCAGUACAUACAUAGCAGCAGGCUCAUUACAUACUCAUUACACUCUAAACUAGGGCUGGAGGUUCGGUUAUUGGUUAACCGGUCGGUUAAACUGAUAACCGGCGGUUACCGGUUAACCGGUCGGUUAAACUGAUAACCGGCGGUUACCGGUUAACCGAUAACCGAAAAUUAUAUGCUUCGGUCGGUGGUCGGAGCUCCUAAUAGGUAAUUCGGUUAACCGAGUAACCGAAAACUGGUUAUCCGGUUAACCGAUAAUAACCGAAAAUAACCGACCGACCACCCCCCUCACCAAAACGAUGUGAAAAUACCCGGUUAUGAAGUUUAUAAUUUUAUGUUGUUGAAUUUGAGACAUUAAUUUGGUGAUUUAGAUGUAGAAAUGUAAGUUAGAACCUUUCAUUUUAGGCAAUUCUAAUAAUUUUAUCCGGUUAAAACCAAACCACCAUCAUUUUUUCGGUUAUCUCGGUUAACCAAUCAACUAACCGAUUAUCGACCGGUCGGUUAUUGGUUAACCGAGGCAUUGGCGUCGGUCAAUGUUUGGUAGGGGGAGAUGGUAGUUCGGUUAACCGGUAACCAACCAAUCGGUUAUCGGUUAUAACCGAACCGAACCGAAUCCACCCCUACUCUAAACUAUCAUUGAACAAACAGACAGUAAAUACAUACUUGUGAAAACUCUAAACUAUCAUCUAGUUCAACAAGGGGAACCCUCCUUGUUCACUUUCAUUUUCGUUUCUAGUUUUAUGUUUUAAUGUCAUAAAUUUGACAAUCGAAACGAGAAAAUUUGUUUACUUUUCAUUUCGUUUUCUAUUCGUUUCUAACUAUGAAAACAGAAAGUGGCAACUUCCUGCUGUUUUCGAAAACGACAAAAUGUUGUUUUCACCCGUUUUCAACAUCUGUUUUCUCAAAAACAGGAAUGAAAGUAAACAAAUCUCAUUCAUCAAACUAAAACUUCAUUACUCAUACAAAUGCAUACUUUCUCCACUCGAGAACAACCCUUAACAUUCAUCAAACUAAAAACUCCAUCACUCAUAGAAGCCAAGAUACUUCUCCGCUCGAGAUAAUCUUCUUUCCAUUGCCGCGCUACAACUUUGGAGUCCAACGGGACAUUACUUGGGUUGUUCGAAAUACUUGAACUUGGUGGGAUCAUCCCUGAAUCAUCAUCUUCACCACCAAUUUUAAUCUGCAAAUUGGCGAUCAACUUGUAUAAUUCCGUCUUCUUUGUCAACCAUAUCAGGAACAUAACAGUGAUAACACCAUUCAAACAAGUCACAAUGACCCUGUAAGCCAAAAGAAAGUAGAAAUUAGUUCAUCCUUUCAAAAUCACCAACGACCAGAAUUUGCUUCUCUGUUUUGCAUCAAUCUGUUUAACCAUUUAUGCUACAAUCUUCGCCUAAUUCAUACAAUCUUCUACUUUGAUUUCUAAGCCGAAUUUCUGUUUCCUUGUAGCUACAAUGCUCAGGGCUUGAGGACUUGCGUCGAAGCCGUUGUUCUGGUGAGCAUUAGGGUUAGUCUUGGCUAUCUCUUUCCUUCAAUUUAGGUGUCGCAUAUCAUAAAAUCGGUUCCAACUUCUAACAAUAUAGAGCACACUCAAUUAAAUCGUGACAGUACGAGGCAAAGUUUCAGAUAAGCGCCAUGCAUUGUUUUUAUUCUUCGUAAUAAGGGUAUUUCAAAUAAAGUUCGUACAAUAAUGUUGUAUGCAUGAAUUCUGUUUGUACCAUGCAGCAAUUUGUACGAAAAUAUGUAAAAAUACAAGCUGAAUUUGUACUAUAACGAUAAAGUUCAAAUCCAGUU